AUGGCCGGUAAUGAGAGCUUGAUUCAGGAAAUCGCCGCUGGUCUGCGCAACAGCAAGGGCCAGCUCGAGUUGGUGACGGCACAAUUGGCACAGCUGCAGCGGCAGAAGAAGCUGGCGCAUGUCACGGCCAAGGAACUGGGGUCGUAUCCGGUGGAUCAGGUGUGGCGGUCGUGCGGCAAGAUGUUCCUGCUGGACAGCAAGACUGAUUACACGCAGCAGCUGGAUGCAGACGCAAAGACCAUUGAGGAGCAGAUCAAGGCGCUCGAGGUGAAGCGGCACUACCUCGAGACCACGGUGGAGAACUCCAUCGAGGCACUGAAGAAGGCGGUCCAGAGGUGA